AUAGACAUCCCACUUUGCGCCGCCAUGUCCACCCUGAUCGAUGGCGAGCGCUUCGAGUUCCCUUUCGCGGUGCGCCGCAACUCAGACGAGGAUGUCGGGAUUCACUACAAACCCGUUUUCAGAACUGACGAAAGCUUCUGUGGCUUCGAAGUGACUUCUGUUUUGUAUACCGCAGAGCGCAAGAACCAGGUUCUUCGUCGCUUCAACAUGCAAGAGCUGCAGAAGCAGAUGCUGUGUCCAGGAGACAUCAUCGUGUCAGUGAACGGCAAGAAGAGCCAGGAGCUGAUGAUGACGCAGCUGCAAGCCUCGCCGACGCUCUUCAUGAAGGUUUGGAGGGACAAGGUCAAAGAGGACACUGAACCAGUGAUGUAUGCAAUCUCAGAGUACGAUCCAAGCAUCGAAGCGGAGGGAGGCUAUCUGAAAGUAAGCAGAAGAUCGCAGAUCCGCGUUGACCUGAACACGAGGGCCCCGCCUGAGGAUGUCAAUGCCUACCGCUGUGACUACAUCUGGG